AUGGGCGCUAAGGUUCCGCGCAACUUCCGCCUGCUGGAAGAGCUCGAGAAGGGCGAGAAGGGUCUCGGUGCUGAGGCCUGUUCAUACGGUCUUGACAAUGGCGACGACCUGCUGAUGUCCGACUGGAACGGUACCAUUCUCGGCCCACCACACAGCGUCCACGAGAACCGCAUUUACAGCGUAUCGAUCCACUGCGGCCCUGACUACCCCGACACUCCUCCGGAGAUCAAGUUCACAACCAAGAUCAACCUACCCUGCGUCAACCCUCAGAACGGAAAGGUCGAUGGGUCGAAGCUGCCAUGUCUGGCUCAAUGGAAGCGCGAUUUCACCAUGGAGACGAUACUGAUAGAGCUCCGAAGGUAUAUGGCGCUGCCUCAGAACAAGAAGCUUCCACAGCCACCUGAAGGCGCGAUGUUAGACACUGAGCCUUUUGGUCUGAGCUUCAAAGCUGGUUAUGAGACACUCGACCAUCUCGAUGCCUCCGCUACUGGCAAUACAGCCAGCGCAAGCACUCUGACGCAACUGAUCUCUCAAUUGCCCCGCGGUCUAAUACGCGCCCCUCCCAUAAGACGGUACGAAAAGACGACGCUGCCAGACCCUCCCAAAGAACGGCUUGCGUGCCUUCCACCCGAGAGAGCCGUCCUCAACGUGCGACCCUAUGCAAAAACCUCUGGACCCCGCCGCGUCCCUAUCCUCGCCUCCGCAAACGGCGUACCCUUCCUGCGCCUCACGAAGCCGCAACCUCCAGCACUGAGUCGCGUCAUCCAACAGCGACUACGGCGCAAGAACGAGCUCUUCGACACGAGGGUCCUUCUGGAAAACUGGUGGCUGCCCAUAUGCCAGCAGGAGGACGUGUGGGACGUACUCAUAACCGCGCAAUCGAAGGAGCGCGAAGAUACUGUGAAAUGGCAAACUGCGGUUCGUGAUUCAUUGAGGGCGAACCAGGAAGCACACCAGGCGGACAUCAGGAAGGAUAUCUUGAUGACGAAGAAGAUGCAGAGGAUCGUAGAUAUGGAGACUGAACUUGUGCUCAAGGAGGGACAGACGAUUGUGAGGGGAAGGAAGAGGCAUCCUUUACGCGUCGUCAAGCCGGAACCAUGA